AUGGAUAACGGCAUAUGGACUCUAAACCAAAACAACUGGGCCAACAAGUACCCAUCAUGCAGCAAUGCUAGACAGUCGCCCAUCAACAUCGAGGAGGACCUGACACAGGUCAAAGUUCAGUUCCAAAAGCUGAAGUUUGAGGGCUGGGAGGAGGCGAUGUCUGAUAGGACCACCAUCAAGAAUGACGGCAAGACCGUGGCGGUGAACCCAGAGGGGGACUUCUAUGUGAGUGGAGGUGGGCUGAGGGGCAGGUUUAAGGUGGGGAGAAUCACCUUCCACUGGGGCCGCUGUAACGCUUCCUCAGAGGGCUCCGAGCACAGUCUCAGUGGGGUCAAGUACCCCCUGGAGAUGCAGAUCUACUGUUAUGAAGCGCUUCACUUUGAGUCCAUAGACCAGGCCAUCAAGGACGGGGGCAGGAUCACAGCUCUCUCUGUGCUGUUAGAGACAGGCAUCGAAGACAAUGACAACUACAUGUCCAUUAUCGACGGAGUCAACAGGGUCAGCCGAUUCGGUAAGAGUGGGAUGGUGGGUCCCUUCUCUCUCCGUGGCCUCCUUCCCAACUCAACAGAUAAGUACUUCACCUACAAUGGCUCCCUCACCAUCCCACCCUGCACUGAUACCGUGGAGUGGAUUGUCUUCAAGAACACUGUGGCCAUCUCUGACACGCAGCUGGAGAUGUUCUGUGAGGUGAUGACCAUGCAGCAGGCAGGCUACGUGAUGCUGAUGGACUACCUGCAGAACAACUUCAGGGAGCAGCAGCAGCAGUUCAUGGGACAGGUCUUCUCCUCCUAUACCGGCACAGAGGAGGUCCUCACUCCCAUCUGUAGUUCAGAGCCGGAGAAUGUGCAGGCGGACCCCCAUAACCUGACCAGCCUGCUGGUGAUGUGGGAGCGGCCGAGGGCGGUGUACGACGUCGGGAUAGAGAAGUACUCAGUCACCUACAGGCUGGCCCAAGGAGAGGGCUCUGCAACCUUCCAGUACCUGACUGACGGAGACCAGGAUGUGGGGGCCAUUCUGCAGGACCUGAUAGCCAAUACUAGCUAUGUGGUGCAGGUGGUGGCUGUGUGCACCAACGGUCUGUACGGUCGCGUGAGCGAGCAGCUGUCCGUCGACAUGCCCUUCGAAGACCCCGGUAAGACUGACGACCGCGACCGCAAAUACCUCUACACAGACCAGGCAACACCUUAUCCAGAUUCUACUGAAUUUGAAUGGGAAGAGGACUAUGGACCCUGGGCUGAACCGGGUGAAGAACUGGACAAUGACAUGGACUGGACAACCCAAAGCACUACGAGAACCAGGCCCACAACAACCACUGGCCCACCCAGCCUCCCCUUGCCUGCUAUCAGAACCACCACCCCUUUUGUCCAGAGGAGAACCCCCACACCAGGCACUCCAUCCAGGACCACUCAACCCAACCGAGCACAGACUUCCACAGAGCAGAGUGAGAGGUACCGCAGCACAACCAGAGCACUAGCAGAGGGGGCCGUCUCAGCAGGCAGCAGAGGCAGGGGGAGAACCCAGAAGUAUACCACUACACUGACCACUCCGCAAUCACGCACUGAUGACAUCACCACUUCAUCAACCAAGACCGAGAAGGGCAGAGGGGUGGAGUGUCCUGUGACCGUCCCAAGCGGCAAAGGCAGCGGUGUUUCCAUGGCCACUCUGCCCCCGGAAAGCCGAACCGUGGCCACUUCCACCUCCUCCCUCUCUCAGGGAGAACCACCAUGGCCUACAAGUCCCAGCAUGCCCUUGUUUUCAUCCACUGCCUCCUUCGCCGGGGCACUCUUGCAGACCACGCAGCCGGUGUUCAACGGUGAGCUCCUCCCCUCCACCCUCCCUGUGUGUGACACGUCGACCCCUGGCAACCCCGGCUCCACCCCUAACAACGACCCCACCGCCUGCCUGCAUGCCCCUCCCUCGUCUAGACCCCUGUCGUCUGUGACCCCUCCUGCUCUGGACUCCCUGCAUGCUGCUACAGCAAUGUUGUCUAGUGGUGACUCGUACCUCACUACCUCCCCCACCCUGUCUCUCCUCCCUCACCCCUCACACCCCCUUGACUUCUCUCUGUCCGGGGCCACCCCGGGCCUCACUGGCUCUGUAUCUGGCGGGCUGGGGGACUCUAGUUAUGCUACAGGCCGUGUAGUAGAGUCUUGUCUGGUGGGUGUCGUCGUCGGUGGUGGUGGUGAUGUUAGAAUCACGGUAGCUAGCGAUAGCGUGGAGUCGUUGUGUACCUGCUCUCUGGAUGGCUUCUCGUCCUCCUGGUUGCAUGCCUCUCCUCACCUCCCCCUGCCCACGUCUGACUGGGGGGCGGCUAGCCUAGCGCUCUACUCCUCCGGUUUCCAUAGUGAUCUGCUCGUUUCUGUUACAGCCACACCGUCCGGCUCCAAGGACCACGGGGUCUCGGCCCUCCGAACCUCGGCCCCCCCCUCCUCCUACUCGGCCUCCCCCCUCACCCCCACCCUCCCCCCUGAACUGCAGACAGUAGACAGUAGUGCCUCUGGCUCGACCCUGUCGGGAGAAGCCCAGAAGGAGCUAGAUGAGGAGUGGGACAGGGUUCAGAGUUCAGCCUCGGGGGAGGGCGCGCUCCCUUACAUCCCCACCUUCACCCCCUCACUCACCUCUGAAGCCGCCACCACUCCCAACAUCGACACAGAAGAACUCUCCUCAUCGUUCUACUUUGAGAGCGAGAACGGCAGUGCCGUCACCACGGAUACAGCGGGCAGCACGGCAACAGUAUCUGGGGUGACCGCGGCGGCGCCCUGGUCGCUAGGUGGGGAGGUGGAGAGUGGCUCGGGGCAGGGCGAGAGCCUGUACGACAACGAGACGUCCUCAGACUUCACUAUCACCGAGCGCACAGAGAGAGACUCGGAGGAGGAGCCAGUUGCAGAGGCCAGUAACAGCAGCCAUCAGUCCAGAGUGGGUCUGGCCAGGGAGAGAGAGAGGAGGGCCAUGGUCCCUCUGGCAGUGGUCUCAACCCUCACCAUCCUGGGACUCAUCGUCCUGGUGGGAAUCCUCAUCUAUUGGAGGAAGUGUUUCCAGAUUGCCCAUUUCUACAUAGAGGACAACACAUCCCCCAGAGUCAUAUCUGUUUCACCCACAUCCAUGCGUACAGAUACAGAUAAGCAUGAAGCCCUUCCAGUGAAGCAGUUUGUCAAGCACGUGACGGAACUCCACCACACCAAUGCAUUCUCCAGAGAGUUUGAGAUAUUGAAAGAGUGUUAUGAGGAGGUGCAGGUGUGCAAGGUGGACCUGGGUAUCACCACAGACGGCUCCAACCAUCCAGACAACAAGAACAAGAACCGAUACGUUAAUAUCCUGGCCUAUGACCACAGCCGAGUAAGACUCUCAACCCAGGCUGACAAAGAUGGGAAGAGUAGAGAUUACAUUAACGCAAACUACGUUGACGGUUUCAACAAGUCCAGGGCCUACAUCGCAGCCCAGGGCCCUCUCAAGUCCAGCACCGAGGACUUCUGGAGGAUGGUGUGGGAACAGAACGUGGGCGGCAUCAUCAUGAUUACCAACUUGGUAGAGAAGGGACGGAGGAAGUGUGACCAGUACUGGCCCCUGGAGAGCCAGGAAGAGUACGGUGGUUUCCUGGUGACGGUGAAGAGCAGUAAGGUUCUGGCCCACUACACCCAGAGAACCUUCACCCUCAGGAACACCAAGGUCAAAAAGGUUUCUCUGAAGGGGCGGAUUAACGAUCGGACCGUGACCCAGUACCACUACACUCAGUGGCCAGACAUGGGCGUGCCCGAGUACACUCUGCCCGUGCUCACCUUCGUCCAGAAGUCCUCCAAAGCCAGGACAGAUGACAUGGGGCCUAUCGUAGUGCACUGCAGUGCGGGGGUUGGCAGGACUGGAACCUACAUAGUGUUGGAUAGCAUGCUGAAGCAGAUCAAAGAAGAGGGCACGGUCAACAUCAUGGGCUUCCUCAAACACAUCCGCACACAGAGGAACUACCUGGUACAGACAGAGGAGCAGUAUGUGUUCAUCCACGAUGCUCUAGUGGAGGCCAUCUUGGGCAAGGAGACUGAGGUUCCCUCCAGCCGCAUCCACAGCUACGUCAACGACCUCCUGACCCCAGGGCCCUCCGGCAGGACGCAGCUAGAGAAACAGUUUAAGCUGAUAUCCUCGUCCAAUGCCAUACAGUGCGACUACUCAGCAGCCCUGAAAGAGUGUAACAGAGAGAAGAACAGAAACUCCUCUUUAAUACCCGUUGAAAGGUCACGGGUUUGUCUGUCCACAGUGGCGGGAGAAACUACAUCAGACUACAUCAACGCCUCAUACCUCACGGGGUACCGGCAGAGCACUGAGUUCAUCGUGACCCAAAACCCGCUGGCCGGCACGGUGACAGACUUCUGGAGGAUGAUCUGGGAUCACAACGCUCAGGUCAUAGUCACACUGCCGGGAACACCAAGCCUGGGGGAGGAGCCAUACGUGUACUGGCCCCGCAAGGAGCAGCCAAUCAGCUGUGAGGCGUUCACAGUGACCCUCCGGAGCGAGAACCACAUGUGUCUGGCCAACGAGGAGAUGCUGGUGGUGCAGCACUACGUCCUGGAGGCUACACAGGAUGACUAUGUUCUGGAGGUGAGGCACUACCGGGCGCCUCACUGGCCCAACCCAGACAGCCCCAUCAGCAGCACCUUUGAGCUGCUCAGCCUGGUGAAGGAGGAGAGCUCCUCCAAGGAGGGCCCCACGGUGGUCCACGACCAGGUUGGCGGUGUUACUGCGGGAACCUUCUGUGCCCUGUCUACUCUGGUGCGCCAACUAGAGGCGGAGAGCACUGUGGACGUGUACCAGGUGGCCAAGAUGUUCAACCUCAUGAGGCCAAGGACCUUCACUGAUGUUGAGCAGUAUCAGUUCCUAUACAAAGCCAUGCUGAGUCUGGUGGGCACACAGGAGGACGAGAGGAUGCACCAGUCCUCAGACAACAACGGAACAGUCCCAGGGGGCACCGCCAGCACGGCAGAGAGCCUUGAGUCCCUGGUGUAA